CCUCCAAAACUUUCGAAAUACUUUUUUUUUUUUCCUUCUAGGGUUAGGGUUUUUAUCUUCGUUACCAACCUCUCGGUCGCUCUCUACGUUUUCUUAGGUUUUGUCAGACAUCUCGAGAAAUUCGAAGCGAUAUUCUACUUCGAAAUCAAUGGGAAGGUACAGGAGCCGCAGCCGAAGCCUGAGCUAUAGCCCUCGCCGACGGAGCAGGACACCUCCACGCGAUCGCAAGCGAUACGAUGACGAUUACUACCCCUCUCACCGCGACCGCCGCUCGCCUGCUCCAUCUGGACUGCUUAUUCGCAAUCUUCCUCUUGAUGCUAGGCCGGAAGAUCUUAGAAUUCCAUUUGAGAAAUACGGUCCAGUGAAGGAUGUAUAUCUGCCCAAGAAUUACUACACUGGGGAGCCGCGGGGAUUUGGAUUUGUGAAGUAUCGUUAUGGAGAAGAUGCAGCAGCUGCGAAGGAACAUAUGAAUCAUAGAGUUAUUGGUGGACGUGAGAUAAGAAUUGUUUUUGCCGAGGAGAACAGAAAAACUCCAAAUGAAAUGCGUACGACUUCCCGAGGAAGUCGGCAUGGUGGAAGCCAUAGAAGGAGAACACCACUGAGGUCCCCAAGACGCCGUCAUCAUUCUUACUCUCGCUCUCCUUCUCCAGCUAGGCGUGAUUCAAGAGAGCGUGGGGCAAGAGAUGAUGAUCACUCUCGUGGGCGGUCUAAAUCUAUUUCACGGUCCCGUUCUCCACGAGUUGAGGAGUACAGGUCAAGAAAAAGGUCUCUGAGUCCAAGGGAGAAUGGGCAUAGUCCUAAUGAUGAGAGGAAUUAUUCACCUCAUCGGUCCGGGAGUCCAAGGGGUGAUAGUCGUGGCCCAUCUAGGUCUCAUUCGCGAUCGUACAGUCCUCGCUGAUGGUUUAUCAAGACAUGCUGCUGCCCUCUUGCGCUGGUUAUGUGGUUGCCUUGUGGAUGUGUAUACCAGUCGUUAACUGGACUUGAUCAAGAAUUUGCAAACUGUAGUAGAGAUGGUUUUGUUUGAUGUAGACUGAUGUUUCUGGAUGCUAUUUUUCGUUGAUUGUGGUUGUCUGUUCUUAAACUAGUUAAAUGGUGUUGGAAAGUUCUAAAGGAGCUUUUCCUUGGGUGGCUUUAGGUUAUGGGUUUUGUAAGUGAACAGGGUUUGCUUUGUCUUUACAUGUUGGACUGUUAGAGAUUACCCCUAAUUCGCUUGUGAAGUCUGCAAGCAAGGACUUGUGGUAGAACAUUGAAGCUUUUGCAUUUGUGGUAGCACGUCAAGGCACCAUGAUUCAAGUC